AUGAGCUGUCGACGUGAGGGUCUUCCUGAGGGACGAGGGCGACGUGAGGGUCUUCCCGAGGGACGUGGCUUUCUAGCAUCCAACUCAAACUCCACAUCAUCAUCACGAGGGCGACGUGAGGGUCUUCCCGAGGGACGGGGGCGACGUGAGGGUCUUCCCGAGGGACGGGGGCGACGUGAGGGUCUUCCCGAGGGACGGGGGCGACGUGAGGGUCUUCCCGAGGGACGGGGGCGACGUGAGGGCCUUCCCGAGGGACAAGGGCGACGUGAGGGUCUUCCCGAGGGACGAGGGCGACGUGAGGGUCUUCCCGAGGGACGAGGGCGACGUGAGGGUCUUCCCGAGGGACGGGGGCGACGUGAGGGUCUUCCCGAGGGACGGGGGCGACGUGAGGGUCUUCCCGAGGGACGGGGGCGACGUGAGGGUCUUCCCGAGGGACGUGGUUUUCUGGCGUCUAAUUGCUCCUCUUCUUCAUCGCUGGAGUCUGGGCGGUGUACGCGGAUGCACUUGUUAAAGGCAGUUACACACUUGAGGUUUUCAAUCUAA